GUCACGAAGAAUGACUAACUUAUCGAUGAUGUCAUGUUAAAUUUUACGCAGAAGUGGAAGAGUACAAACCCUGACAAUAGAAGCAAAGCUUGUUUUCAGACAAAGAAAGAAGUUUAGAUAAUUAAAUAAUCAUUGUUUUCAAUACCAGUAUUUUCAACCAUUUAAUUCUAACAAGUUAUUGACAUUGUAUGGAAAUAUCUGAUAAUCUCUAUUAUAGUUUACUCACAUUGGUCAUUCUUCCUGUCUACUUGUUUUUUACUCUUUGGAGUUGGUUAGGUUGGGAAUUAUUUAAAAACAACUAGAAUAUGAGUCAGGAACAAAAUACAACUUUUAAAAACAUGAAGAGAAACCUCACUCUCGAUUUGAACCAAAAGAAACUAAAUUUACCUACCACUAGUGGCUUAUUAUCUUCUCCUGAUUUAAAUUUACUCAAAGUGGAUACUCCUGAACUAGAAAGUAUGAUUUUGGCUAAUGGUAUUGGACAAACUCCUACACCUUCAUUGUUAUUUCCAAGAGCUGUUACAGCUGAGCAGGAGAAAUUCGCAGGUGGAUUUGUUGAAGCCCUGAGUCACUUGCAUAACAGUAAUUCACAACAAGGCUCAGAUAGUAACAGCAGUACAAUAUACAAUGACUCUUUUUUACCACACAUUAAAGAAGAACCCCAAACAGUGCCUAGUCUCAAUCAGUCUCCUCCAAUGUCCCCUGUCAAUAUGGAAUACCAAGAAAGGAUCAAAUUAGAAAGAAAGAGACAACGGAACCGCCUUGCAGCAUCCAAGUGCAGAUCCAGGAAGCUGGAAAGGAUCUCAAAGUUAGAAGAUAAAGUGAAGAUUUUGAAAAGUGAAAAUAUCGAGCUUGGAAACAUUGUUAAUCAAUUGAAGGAAACCGUAGGGCUUCUUAAACUCGAAGUUAUAGAGCAUAACAAAGCCGGUUGUCCUAUUAUCAACACAUAUUAAUAAGUUAUUGGAAAAGUGUUACCCGUUUAAUGGUGCUAAGUGAAAUUUAUAUUUUAAUAGGAUUUAUACGUUUUCUAUAAAAACUUCCACAUUUAUUGCUUGUAUUCUUAGGACAUUACAAAUUUAUAUUUAAAUGCCAGUUUCCUUUUAUGCCAAAAUAGGAUUGCUUCAAGAGAAAUCCACAGAUGCAUGUAAAAAAAUUAACAACUAUAUAUACAGGUGUGGAUCCAAAAAUUAGAUUUAAUACAAUAUAUAAUUUGUUGAUUUAUAAUAUAGUUAAAAUAUAGUUUUUGUAUGA